CUUUUAACACUUGCGGUACUCAAGGUCAUUCUUCACAUAACGAAUUUAUCUGUGAAAAACAAACAGAGAUGAGAAUAUGACUGAAUCGAUGAGUAAAUGUACAUUUACAGAAAGAAGUGGAGAAACGUUUGAAGACUAUACAGCUGUAACAGACUGGGAAGUUUUUACACAAGAACUGGAAAAUCUUUUAAUCAGUUGGAUAAUAAAGGAAGACAUUGUGUCUUCUACAGAUUGUGGACGUCUUUACCUUUGUGGAAACCUGAAAUUCGGUCAAAGAGUAUUCAGUCUAUUUUAUUAUAAAUAUAAGGAAUCUGGAGACGAGGAUAAGAAAUCAACCAAUUCAGCUCAACCUAAUGAUACACAAACAUCUGCUCACCUUAUCACUCGAAUACCGGAUUUCAAUCAGCCAUAUCUCCUUCCAUUGUUUUGGUUUGGUCUAUCUCAUGCAUUCCUGUUAAAACCUGAAGUCGAUUGGAUUAAAGGUGGUACACGUUUAAGUUUACUACUCAGUUCAGUUGAAAUGGCUGUGUAUUCCACUCGAUGCCCUAUACCAUUAUUGGUUGAACACUAUAUACAGACGUAUUUCGGCUUAGUUGCUUCAUCUAGUCUCAAAUCAAGUAAUUAUGCACAGAAUUCAGAGGUUAACGACAACAGGAUCAAUUCACUGUCAUCUUCAUCCUGGAUUGGUUCUUUGAAUAUUGAUUUUUCUAGUUGUCACUUUACUGAUGAAAUAUCGCAGAAUUGCACACAUCUUGGUGGAUUAAAGGAGAUAUUUCUUACCAAACUGGGCUAUCCUUGGAGUGUAAACUGUGCUGUUCCUAAGCUGGACAUCGCAGCUAGAUUUAUAUACCAUCUGCCUUCUUGUUCGUCUUUACAGACUGAUUAUUCAAAUACGAAUCUGUCAAUAUUUUCAUUUGAUCUAUUUCAAGAAUCACCAUUGGAAUUGUCCUUCAAUUUAGCUACCACUUGGCCAUCAGUACCUAGUCAUGCAAUCACUGAGAAACCAUCAUGGAAAUCUCUAAAACCUGAAGGUGCUCCAGAAUGGCAAUUACAAAUGUGCUCAACUAGUCCAUUUGUUGAUAGAAUGAGUAAACGGAUUCAACGUCUUUUGGAACCAGAUCAUAUCCUUUCUGAUAAAUCAAGUCAGCCUACCGAUUUCUCAUCAGAUAACAAUCUCUCAAGCAGUUCUGUUCUACAAUUUCUCCUAUUUCUUUUUCCAGACGCUGAUUCUGAAGGUUUGUGCAAUAAGGUUCUUCGGAGUGAAUUAACAUCUCCUUUUACAAAUCCUACUUCACAUGAAUUAUUAUUUUGGAAUCGUAAACAGUUAUCAUAUUCAGAUGUAAAAAAGUUAGCUGCACAUUUUGGUCUACCGAAUCCAUGCUGUUUAAUUCACCGCUUAGCUGUAGUAAUUGGCAAUCUUUUUGUCUAUAAGAAUUGUGAUCGUUCUCAACUCAUUCCACUCAUCAAAUCAAUGUUCAAUGAACUCCAUAUUGAAUUAAAACUUCGAUAUGACCGGCUGAUUUGUUUGCCAUCAUUAUCGUUGUAUGAGGAGGUAUAUCGAAAUGUAUCACAUUCUUCGGAAACAAUUUCAUCAUUCUUAGAUGAUGAUGGCAAUGAUAGGCCUAAUUUAAUGCCGUGGAAUCAAAGUUCAAUGAUGUCUGCUAGCGAAUUAAAAUUUAAUGAUUGGCCAAAUGAUGCUUUUCAUAGUUUGGAUUAUGUUUUCAAUAGAUUCAACGCGUGUAUAUUAAAAGGUAGUUUUGUCUGUUUUAUUCCUGUUGAAAUUAUUAUUUACACACCCUUUUGUUGCUUGAUAUUAUUAGCAACACCUAGGGAGUUAGUUGUUUUCUUUAAAAAUCCCUUUACAUUUCCAGUGGAACAUAGAUAAGAUAAGAUAAGGUAAGCUUUAUUCCAAAUCAGUACUUGUGAUACAGAAUGGAAUUCUCAGCAUU